AUGACUGAGUUAAAGAACGCGGAGGUUUGGUGGUCAGGACCGUCUUGGUUGCGGGGUAGUCCAAGGCAUUAUCCUAUGGUGAAGGAGAUAGUUCCCACAGUAGACAGCAAGGUUGAAGAGAAAAGGUCAUUUGUUGUUAACCUAAUCAUAAGUGCAAGGUCAUUGUUUGGAAUUGGCAAUGUCAUUAGCAUAAGUAAAUACAGCACACUUACACGGCUGUUAAGAGUUACUGCGUGGGUGAAGAGAUUCGUCUAUAAUUUGAAACAAAAAAGACUAGGAUUAGAAAUUUUUACCGGACCAAUAAAAGCGAGCGAAAUGAAUGAUGGAGAAUGCGAGUGGAUAAAGUCAGCCCAGCUAGAGUUACGAGAGCAACCCGAGUUUAAGCAGUUAGAAAGACAGUACGGACUGAUAGAAAUGAACGGGAUACUGCAUUGUACGGGAAGAUUGGGUGAAUCAGAUUUGGAGGCAGAAGCUAGAGAGCCGAUUGUUUUGCCUAGGAGACAGUAUUUCACAGAGCUAGUGAUUAGGCAGUGUCAUGAAUCUGUUAUGCAUGGGGGAGUUCGGAGCACGUUGGCGCAACUGAGGUCGAAGUAUUGGGUACCCAAGGGCAGACAGGAAGUUAAGAGAGUGAGCGGUGGAUGUGUAGCUUGUAAACGAUGGAACAGUAAGCCGUGUACACAAAUAAAGCAAGCAGCGUUACCAGAGUUUAGGGUUAGGAGAGCCGCACCAUUUGAAAAUUCAGGCGUAGAUUUUGCAGGACCUUUGUACGUAAAACAAAGGCAAGUAUGA